AUGCUCGAUGUUCCUUCGUCAUCAUCAUCAUCUUCAUUGAUUAAACCUACCAUAGAACCAAUAAAUCGUUCAAUAUCUCAAACACCUAUGAAUGAAAAACGACGAAAUUAUCGGUUCUAUGCAGGCGAUCCUGCGAUUCAUCCAGCAGAAAAACGAUUGUAUGCUAAUGGAGAUUUCGAAGGGACACCACUUCAUGUUUCUGGAGGUACAGAUCCACGUGAUGUAACUCGAUUCGAUCGACCAUAUUAUGAUUUACCUGUACCAAAAUUUAAACUUGAUCGUUCUUGGGUUGGUGUUAUUCCAGCUAAAGAAGUUACAUUUCGAAAUUUAAAUGAUAAUAUAACAAAAACAUUUUUAACUGAUAUUUGUAAACGUUUUGGUGAUAUUGAGGAUUGUAGAAUAUAUUAUGAUCGACAAACAAAAAAACAUCUUGGACUAGGAACAGUAAUUUUUAAAGCAACCAGAGCUGCACGUGAAUGUGUUGGUGCAUUGAAUAUGACCACAAAAAUGGGUAGUGUGAUAUCAGUAUCAUUGGAAACGUCUGGUCAAGAACGUACAAAACAAUAUGCAACUAUAAUACGUGCACAAGAACAAGAAAAGGCAGCACAAGAAAAAGCAUUAGCUGCAUCGGCUGCUGCUUCUCCACCACCAUCAUCAUCAACGGAUUCAAAUCUUAAUAAUAAACAAACAGAAAAAUCUCAUCAGUCAUCACAGUUGUCGAUAAAUCAUAAAAUAACAAAUCAUAUUUCUCAAACAUCAAAUUCAUAUUCAAAUCAAAAUAAUUAUCGAACAACAAAAUCUUCGACAUACAAACGAAAUAAUCAACGAUCAAAUGGAACUUACGUUAAAUCGUAUCAACAUCCAUCAACAUCAACUCGGUAUGAUUCGCGAGGUCAUCAUUCCGUUAAUGAUAAUGCCGAUCAAUUUUCAUUUGAUCCCUAUGGUUCAUUUGGUAAUAAUAGUAAUAAUUAUAAAUCGUCAUCCCGUCGAUCUCGUCAUCGGUCACAUAAUCAACGUUCUUAUUCUCAACAACGUCGACGGCGUCGAAAGACUAGUAGUAGUGCAACAUCGUCAUCAGCUUCUCGUUCAUCAUCAUCAGCAUCAUCAAGUUCAUCCUCAAGCUCAAGUUCAACAUCACGGUCCGAUUCGCGAUCUUCAUCGUCAACCACAAGAUCAAGCUAUUCAUCAAGUUCUAGUCCGCAUAGAAAACCACCUAUUGAUUCUCGAAAAAUAAAUUCCAAACAACCAAACGACGACGAAGAUCACCGCCCAAGUCUAGAUGAACGUAUUGCCGCUUUAUUUCAACAGCAACAACAACAACAAACAACUAUUCCGACAUCUAUACCAACAAAACCUCAUCAUCGUCCAAUACUAUUACCAAAUGCGCCACAUCCAUCAAUGUUUUCUUAUCCACCACCACGUUUGCCAGCACCAUUAACAAAUGUUGUUGGUAGUCAUCAUCAUCAUCAGCAAUCCUACGGUGUUGUUAAUAAUUUUAAUUUUUUCGGUAAUUCAUUUCCACCCGCUUCGUUUCUAAAUUCCACCGGAGGUACGAAUUGGCAAGAUAUGUUUAAACAACCUCCACCAUCGACCACAACAACAACGACGACGACGACCACAAAUAAUCAAUCGUAUAGUAGUACAUCAAAUGGUCUUCAACCGCAUUCAAAUGAUAGUAUUGAUGAACGUGUAAGAAAAACAAACGAUUUAACAACAGCCGUAUCUAAUAUUGUCAAAGGAGAAUUAGUUGAAAUUCUUCGAAAAGAUUUAGCAAAAAAACUUAUCGAAACAUUAGUUUAUAAAUCUAUUGAAACGUGGUAUGAUAAUGAAGAAAGAAAAGAUAAAAUUAGAAAAAUAAAAUCAGCCGAAAACCCCAUUCAUGAACCAACACCUAUAACUGAACAGUCAACUCAAUUACAUCAUUCUAUAUCAAAUCAAUCAUUGGAACGAACACCAGAUGAAACGCCUAGUCCUGUGAUAGUGCCACCACAGAAUUCUUCUGCUGCACCGUCUACAAAUCUCUCAACAUAUUUUGAACACAUGAAAGAUAGUAUAGGUUCAUCGAUACGUUCACAGAUGCCCAAGAUACCAUCAUUUAAAAAACGAACUAUUCCAGAUGAAAAACCAACUGUUCCAGAAAAACGAACAAAACCGAUUGAAAAGAAAGAACCCAAACAAAAACCAAGAAAAAUACCACAGAAACGUUUAAGUUCUAGUAGUAGUAGUGAUUCAAAUAUAACACCGGAUAAUGAUGAUAGUCAAAGUCAUGAUUCGGUUCCGAUGCCUCAUGAAGAUACAUCCACAUCAGAUGCCAAAGCAACUAUUAAAACUUCUAUAGAACAUCCGACGUUGGAAGAAGAAGAAGGAGAAAUAAAAGAUGAUGAUAACGAAAAAGAAGAAGAACACCAACACCAUAAUAAUUCAAAUCAAAUUGAAAGUGAACCACAACCACCUCCAGCAAUACCAGAGCCGCCUCCGGCACCGUCACUACCGCCUCCACCAUCACCGACAAAGAAAGCGCCGAAUAAAAAUGUUGCUAAACAAAAUAAAAAACCUGGCGCUCCAAAAAAACGGAAAAUGGACCAGAUUAAAAUUGAACCAAUACAAGACGAUGAUAUUUAUAAUAGUACACUAGCAAAACGAAAGAAAAUUGCAACAAAUCUUAACCAAGCGGCAACAAAUUCAGAUAUCCAACCUAUUCAAACGUUUAAUUUGCUAGAUAGUCUACCAGAACAAAUACGAUCACCGCCCAAACUUUACAAUCCAUUUGCCUAUAUAGAAUUUGAACAUAAUUAUGCUAUUAUGGCUAAACAACCUGUGCCAGUAGCUAAACGAUUAACAAUCGAUGGUUUAAAUGAUAUGGGUAUACAAGCUCCGAUGAUGCUUCAGCAGACACCGAAAUUUCCACCACGUCAACAUGAUGAAGAAAUGCGUAUUAUGUAUGAACUUGAUCAUGGUGUCGACGAAGAAGACAUGUCCUAUCUUAAGCAAAGCUUUCAAAAAUUAUGUGACGAAGGACAUUCAUGUACUACGAAAACUCGUUGGGUUGAUCAUCCACCAAGUCGGGACUCACCAUUUGUUAAACAACAACCACAAAAACAUCGAACAGGAUGUGCUAGAACCGAAGGUUAUUAUAAAAUAGUUAAAGUUGAGAAAAUUCCACGCUUGAAAACUUCUGAUGGUUCUCAAAGUUUAUCUAUGCUUCCACCAGCUAUACUCGAUACCAAUCGUACAACUGGUGCUCAAAUGUCACGUGAACUUCGCAGUGAACAUCGAAGAAAUUUAUUAGCAUUAGGUGAUGUCGAAUUCGCUGAUCAUUUUAAAUUUAGUCAACUUAAAUUACGAAAAAAACGUCUUCGGUAUGCCAAAUCAAGUAUACAUUCAUGGGGUUUAUUUGCUUGUGAACCAAUUGCAAUGGAAGAUAUGGUUAUCGAAUAUGUUGGCGAAACAAUUCGACAAAGUAUUGGUGAUCUACGUGAAAAAAAAUAUGAAUUAGAAGGAAUUAAUUCAAAUUAUAUGUUUCGUGUUGAUUCCGAUACGAUUGUCGAUGCAACCAAAUGUGGAAAUCUGGCACGAUUUAUUAAUCAUAGUUGUGAUCCUAAUUGUUAUGCAAAGAUCAUUCCUGUUGAAUCACAAAAGAAAAUUGUUAUCUAUUCAAAACGUGAUAUACGCCUUGGAGAAGAAAUAACGUAUGAUUAUAAAUUCCCACUUGAAGAACAAAAAAUUCCAUGUUGUUGUGGUGGACCAACAUGCCGUGGUUCACUUAAUUAA